GCCUAAACCGAAAACCAAAAACCAAUGUCGGGGGAGCUAGUCUCCGGCGAAAGUCUCCAGAAAUCCUUCAAUGAGCUCGAAUCCCAGCAAGCCCUAAUCUCCAAUUGCACUUCCUUAUGGAAAUCCCUCUCCAUUCACUUCUCCGCGCUGAAAAAGUCCCUCUCCGAUCGCUCCCACGCCAUCGAUUCCAAGCUUAAAACUCUCGAUGCCAGCACCCAGGAAUCCCUCGCAUCCCUUGACCUUCGUGAAUCCUCCCUCUCCGAUCGCGAGGCCGCUGCCGCCGCCCGUAUACGAGAACUCCAGCUUUCCGCCCUUGCUGACAUUGAAAAUCCCAAUUCGAAGCAGCCUGACGAUGUGCCAGGCAUCCUCCGAUGGUACUCCCGUCGCAUGGACUCUUCUGGGAUUUGGCGCUUCAUGGUGUCUCGCCGCAAGGACCUGGCUCUUCUCCGGAAGGAGAUCUCUGAUGCUGUGUCGGAAUCCGUCGACCCGGCUCGGUUGGUACUCGACGCUGUGAAUGAUUUCAUGGAGAAGAAGAUGAGAGAGAAGGGAGGCCCUGAUCGGUGCUGGGCGCUGGGAAUGCUGAUUCGUGUUUUGUAUGAUUUUGACGCCGGGAAUGCGCUGAAGGUAUCUGGGAGUAUCCGUGAGAGGGCGGCGAAGGUCGUGGAGAGGUGGAAGGAGGAGGCGAAGGAGGAGGGAGGAAUGAUUGGAGGGCCGGAGGCGCAGAUACUCUUGCAGCUGGUGGUGGUUUUUGGGUUGCAGUCCAAAUUUGAGCAGGAGUUUUUGAAGAAGUUGGUGCUUCACCAUGCUUCCAGGAAGGAAAUGCCCAAACUCGCUACUUAUUUAGGUUUUGGGGAAAAAUUGGCAGAUAUUAUUGAUGAGUUGGGGAAGACUGGGAAGGAGCUUGAGGCUAUCUACUUUGCUUAUGAGUCUGGUUUCACUGACAAAUUUUCUCCAGUCCCUCUCUUGAAGUCCUAUGUUCAAAGCUCAAGGAAGAAUGCCGCAUCCAUAUUGAAGAAUGGGAAUCGCUCCCCCGCUGCUACGGAAGAGUCAAUCACAAUGGAGUUGAAUGCCCUCAAGUCAGUCAUCAAGUGCGUUGAAACUUACAAGCUAGAAUCAAAGUUCACUAUCAAUGGUCUGAAGAAGCGUGUCGCUCAGCUAGAAAAAACCAAGGCUGACAAGAAGAAGACGUCAACACCAAACAAGUCUCAUAUGAAGAGAACAAGACCUGGUGGUCCUCCUGCUCCUUUUCGGCCAACCAAAGCAAGCAGGACCUUGAAUACAUCAUACCCUUCACUUAAUCAGCGUCCACCCAUUCCACCUCAAGUCGGAGGAUCUCGCCAUUCCUUCAAAUAUUCUGAACAGGGAGGCUUUGAUGGACCAAGUUCUGGAUCUCACAGAUGGAGUCCCAACCCAGUUUCACAACCAUAUCAUGUUCCUGAAGACAUCAUUGGAGCUCGAGGCAAUAUAGCAUAUAGUGGAUUAUCGUCAAGCUAUGGUGGUGUCGACUAUGCUCCUUCUCACGCAACCACCACUCCCCAGCCUCAUCAGUAUACUAGGUAACAUUUCUUAUUUGUCCUCUUUAACUAGUCUUCCUUAGAAACAGUAAAAUCUCUAGAAUCACUGAUCUUAGAGAAUACAUGUUUUUGGACUUCUCCAGUCUUUUUAUGAUGUUGUUCAGUGAAUUAUUUUCUCAGUUAUUGGUUGUCGUUUCUUAAAUCUUGAAAGUCAAAGUUCUUAUUCAACUAUUACACAAUGAAAGCAACACCAACAUUACAUGUUGUU